AUGACAAAUAUCAUAUACUUAUUGAUCGUAUUAGCAACUGUAUUUGCCUUAGUUUACCACGAUUCACCUAAACAAAAAGAUGAGAUGAUGAAUAUUCAACAGGAGAACCAUCGAGUAAGAGAAACAGCAAUGAUUAAUUGGCCUUCAUUUAACGAUAAUUCGUACAUCUAUAUCCUUGGUUUAUUUCUUAAACAACAUACUUCGAUGUUAAUAACACCUGAAGAACGAGCAAUGUUUAUGUCCGCUAUACUCUUAUCUCAAAAGAAGAAUAUUACAUUAAAUGGAAAACAAUUUGCUUAUCGUCUAGAAGAAACAAAUGGCCAUGAUAUAAUUGAUGCACUCGAUCGUACAUGUUUAUCGAUUACUGAAAAUCAAAUUCUCGGUAUCGUCGGACCAACAAGUUCAUAUGAAACAAAGACACUUGUACAUUUUUGUAAUAGAUCAGGAUUACCAGUACUUGGCUAUGCAACUACAGAACCAGAAUUAUCCGAUCGUAAUGUCUAUCAAACAUUUUAUCGAAUGUCACCAUCUGAUACUAUAAUGGCAGCAGUAUUGUUAAAACUUUUUCAAAAGUAUGAUUGGAAUUCAACUAAUAUUAUUUACCAGAGUGAUAGCUAUGGUCAAGGCGGACUACGCGCACUAACUGAAUUUUUCGGUGAUGCAAUUAAGAUUUCAUGCGUAAUUAAAUACGAUUUAUUUACUGAUCAAAUCGAAAAUUUUAGACAUCAACUUGAAGAAAGUUCCUCUCGUAUUGUUCUAGUUUGGGCAACUUCAGAAAUCACAACAAAUAUAAUAGAAUUAGCAGUGAAAGAAGGGAAUAUUUUGGCCCCCGAUUUUCUCUGGAUUUUAACAGCAGCUAAUUUAAGGAUGCAACUCAACGAUAAACAAUUAAUUGGUACAUUACUGAUACGAUCGGUAUCGCCACAGACAUUUGAUAUGCCGAUUAAUAGAACAUUACUAAAAGAUGCGAUAGAUAUUUGGAAGACCUAUGACCCUCAGUCAUGCCAUGAUGAUGACAAGCAAAUCGAUACUUAUGCAUUAUAUGCAUUUGAUUCUGCAUGGAUGUUAAUUUUGGCUUUCCAAGAGCUUUGCCAACAAACGUCCACCGAUUGUUCCUCAUUAGUAAAUACUUCAUACUGUUUUGAUAGUCGUCUUAUCAAUCGAAAAGAACUUCAUAACAUUAUGCAAACAAUGGAUUUUCUUGGCGUCUCAGGACAUAUACAAUUUCAUGGUAAUACAACAGAUCGUAUAAUGCACGAUGGUUUAUAUUUCUUAAUCGAUAAUUUACAAUUGUCGAAAGCAAACAAAGGUGAAUUACAUGUCGUGGAAGUGUUGAGAUUUAAUGAUAGUACAAGCAAUAUUAAUUAUAAAAGUGCCGCCCAAUGGACAGAGUCCGAAAAUGCAAUUCAAUGGCCAAGAGAUUCCAAUAUAGUUCCACUUCAUUACGCAUUACUUGAAGGCAAAACGUUGAAUAUCACUGUUUAUAUCUCGCCACCAUUUUAUAUGGAAAAAUUCUAUAAUUAUAGUAAUGGAACAUAUGAAAUUGUACAAGAAGGAUAUAUUUUUGAUUUAAUUUUACUUCUUGAACAACGAAUGAAAUUUCAUAGAAAUAUUACGGUAGCACCAAUCCAUACUACUUACAAUGAACUGGUUAAUUGCGUUGAAAAUCGUACAUACGACAUUGUUAUGGCUGAUCUAACUAAAACAGCCAAUCGUUUAAAUCAAAUCGACUUUAGCGUUUCAAUCUAUGAUAAUACAAUGCGGAUGAUUGUACGUAAAAGUACAGGAAGAACGACACCAAUUAUGGCGUUUCUUAAACCAUUUCAUUAUUCACUUUGGUUAAGUAUUUUCUUUGUAAUUUAUCUUUUCUCAGCGUUUAUUAUUGCUAUAUUUGAAUUUAUCGAUGGAAAAGAAAGAUCUAUUGCAAUCGACGUCGAUAAUUUAAAUAUCAACACUCCUUCUGUAAGCGAUAUUUAUUAUAAAUCUAAAACAGAAACCUUGUUCAGAUCUAUGUAUCAUACGAUUGGUGGUUUAGUUCAAAGAGGUACUGAAUUGCAAGCAAGAACUUCUUUUAGCCGUUUUCAAACUGUUCUUGUUUGGUUGAUGAGUGUGAUAUUAGUCGCACUGUUUACGAGCAAUAUGGUACAAUAUUUUGCAACUGAACGUGAAAAAUCUUGGAUUCAAAGUAUAGAAGAUCUGAAGAUGUGUGGAAAGAUAGGAUGUAAUCGUAUCGGUAUUACUGAACAAUCACAUCAUGCAGAUUACUUUAAGAAAGAAGUCAUGAAUGAUAUAGAGAUAAAUUACUAUCAUUUAAAUCACUCAUUGACAAGUUAUACAAAAUUGUUAGAUUAUCAUAUUGAUGUCGCUAUAGUUGAUAGUUCAAGUGCGGAUUAUAUUACACAAACAGAUCAUUGUGAUAUAGAAAUGGCUGGUCUACCAUUUGGUCGAACAAAUUUUGGAGUUGCCAUACCAAAACACUGGAUUUACAAAGAUGAUUUAGACAAAAACUUAAUGGAUUUGAGAACAGGUUCUGCUUUUGAUACUUUAUUAAUCAAAUGGUUUCAACAAAAAAACUGUGAUCGUGAAGAUGAGAUUAAAAAUAAUGGUUUUGGUGAUGGUUUAACAUUAUUACAGACAAGAGGAUUAUUCAUUCUAUUUAGUAUUUUUACCACUAUAAAUAUCAUCUUAUUUAUAUUAAAACGAUCAGGCUUUUUCAACACAGAAAAUCGACAAUGUCUCUCCAAUAAAAUAAGAGAAUGUUUUAGAGUACCCGUCUCACCACUCUCUGAUCAGUCAUCAAUUCAACAUCACAACGACUUGCCUAAUUUAUCUAAUAAUGAUCAGCGAAUGCAACAAACAACACACGAAAUAGUGCACUCGUUAUCAAUCAACAAUCGAGAACAAUAUCGCGAAUCAGAAUCAAAACCAUCUUGA